UCACGGAAUUUGCCGAAAAUUGACGAUCGGACCCACGCUGCGGCCAUUUUGUAAAACCCAUACCAGUGCACAAGGAAAAGAAAAAGACCAAGUCCGUCUUUCCACCAAUGCAGUUUCUUCUUAGAUUGAUUUGAUUUAAUAUAUAACAGCAUCUUUUGGAAACAGAACUAGGAACCAUUCUCUGAAAGUCACACUUGCCAUCAUGGAUGAUGACAUGGGAAUGAAGCGUCCUUUGGAUGAUGAUUACGAGGAAGAUGAAGAUGAUCAUAAGCGAAGGAGGGGUGAUGGACCCAAGGUGGAACUGAGGUUUCUACUGGCCAGCAAGAAUGCUGGUGCUAUCAUUGGAAAAGGAGGCAGCAACAUUAAAAGACUCCGACAGGAUUACAAAGCCAGUGUAACAGUGCCCGACUCGACAAGCCCCGAACGGGUGCUGACCAUUGGGGCCAAUCUUGGAACAGCACUGGACUGUGUCCUUGACAUCAUUCCUAAGCUAGAGGAUUAUAAAAACUACAGAGACAAUGAUUUUGACUGUGAGAUGCGACUUCUUGUUCACCAAAGUCAAGCAGGAUGUAUCAUCGGUAGAGCAGGUUUCAAAAUCAAGGAACUCAGAGAGAGAACUGGAGCACAAAUCAAAGUAUAUUCUCAGUGUUGUCCCGAAUCCACAGAGCGAGUGGUGGCAAUAGGAGGAAAGCCAAAGACAGUGGUGGACUGUAUAGAGACCAUCCACGAUCUCCUACAAACGGCACCACCCAAGGGCCCAAACCAGCCCUAUGACCCACUUUACUGGGAUGAAUUCAUGGUGGCAGAUUAUGGUGGUUACAGUGCCUCAGAAGGAGGCCGUGGCAAAGGUGGCCCCAGAGGAGCACCACCAGGUGGUAGAAUGGGUGGUGGACCCAUGGGCAUGAGAGGUGGAGGAGGUGGUGGCGGCAGAGGUAUGCGAGGCGGCGGUGGAGAUUUCCGUCGAGGUGGCGGCGGUGGUGGUAUGAUGAGGUCUGGCGGCGGCGGUGGUGGCCGUGGCGGUGGAGGAGGAUACGGUGGUAGCCGCGGAGGCGGUGGAGGAUUCGGAGGAGGCAGUGGCGGCGGCUUUGGCGGUGGAAACAGACAAGGAGGAAACCGCCAAGGAAGGGGAGGCGGUUUUGGUGGUGGCAGUGGAGGAGGAGGAGGUGGUAGUUUUGGAGGAAGCAGUGGCGGCGGCGGUGGUAGCAGUGGUAGCUUUGGAGGCGGCAGCAUGGGAGGAAGUGGCGGAUAUGGAGGUGGUGAUUAUGACAACUUUGGAGGGGGAGAUAACUAUGACGAUGGUUAUGAUAACUUUGGAGGAAUGGGUCAAAAUUUCUCUCAAGACAAUUCAGGUGGUAUGGGUCAGAUGUUUGGAAACGAAGGAAAUUUACCCUCAACCCAAGUCACCAUUCCAAAGGACCUUGCUGGAGCUAUUAUUGGAAAGGGUGGUGUUCGUAUACAAGAAAUACGGCGUCAGUCUAAUGCCCAGAUAGUCAUUGAUGAGGGCCUGCCCGGCUCUAAUGACCGAAUCAUCACUAUCACUGGCAGCCAUGAACAGAUCCAAAAUGCCCAAUUUCUUUUACAAAGCAGUGUUAAAAGAUACUCUGGGAAGUACUGAAAAUGCCGUGAAAA